AUGGCUACAGACGGUGGUUACAACUUUGUUACUAUAGAAAAUCUCAGAGUCCGCAUUAUCAAGGGAAACCUUUGUGACCAACAGGCAGAUGUGUUAGUGUGUAGUGGACCAAAAGACUUGCAACUCAGCAAUGGAGGAUUGUCUAAAGCUUUGUUGAGAGUAGCUGGACGAGAAAUGCAAGAUGAAUUGAACCAGAAUUAUUAUAAUGGCGUUGAAUACGGAGAUAUUGCAGUCAGUGAAGGUCAUAAGCUUCAAUGCAAAUUUGUGUACCACGGGGCCCUACCAAAAUGGGGAACCAGUCAACCAGAUCCGUGUUCAACAUUAGAGAAAUUUAUGAUGAAGUGUCUGGAAACAGCAAACAUUCAUUGUAGAAGUUCCAUUGCUUUUCCAACGCUUGGAGUUGGGUUUUUACAUUAUCCUAGUGAUCAAACAGCAAAAUUGAUGAUAAAAGCAAUACGAGACUUUAGUUCCAAACAAUCUUCUAUGAAUAUCAAAACAAUUAUCAUUGUAGUGUAUAGUGGAAGUAAUGACUGGUCCAGUGUUAAGAAUGUAUUUAUGAACGAAUUAAGAAGAGGAAGGGGAUAUCUUGGGGCCCAAGUUGCCAUAGCUCGGAGCUCUGUUUCCCGACAUUCAUGUUCUGGUCAAGUUGGAGGUAUCCCUGUCAGAGUGUUGGUUGGGAGUAUAGUUGAAGAAAGGGUUGAUGUCAUUGUCAACAGUGUUGCUCACAAUCUUGAGAUGACGCAAGGGGCAGCCGCUGCCAUAUUGGCGGCAGCUGGGCAUGGACUAGAGACUGAGCUUUCUCAAAAUUAUCCCAACGGAAUUAAUCAUGGGGACAUCGCUGUAUCAGAUGGUCACAAUCUGAAGUGCGACAAAGUGUAUCAUGGUGUUCUACUACCAUGGUACUCGAAACGUUCUGAGUAUUCCAAACUUCCUCAUGAGGUGUUAGAGGAUUUCGUCUUUGCUUGUCUGCAGAUGGCAAAUAUUCAUGGUUACAGUUCUGUUGCCAUUCCAGCCUUAGGUACGGGGUUUCAUAAAUUUCCUAUAGAUGUGGCUGUUGCAUGCAUUGCUUCUGGUAUAGAAAAGUUCUCAAACCAAGGACAGCAGCAUAACAUUACAGAUUUACGGAUAGUGUUGUAUGAAGGAAAUAGUGAUCUGCCUGUACUGGAAUCAGCAUUUCAGAACAAAAUAAAACGGAGAAAAUCUUCAGCGUCAGUUGGAUUCAGAAACAUACAGACAGUUCCACGAAGAGGCACAAUGGAGUACCUAGAAUAUAAAUAUAAAGAAACACUUAGAACACCCUCCUACUGGACCAAAUUUACAUCGACUCAAGAAUUAAAGGAUUGGAAUUUGCAAGAUAAAUCAAAAUCAUUUCAUUUAGAAAAUGUUGACCAGAUAACAUACGACUCCAUAGCAAAUGCUUUGAAAAAGUCUUUGCCUAACGCAAAGGAUAUAAGUAUCCAGAGACUUGAAAAUGCUGAAUUGUUUCUUAAUUAUGGAGAAGAGUGUCAUAGGUUAUUCCGUAAGGCAAAGAAAGAAAAUUUCCCAACACUGGACAAAAUUCCAUCGUUCUUGAGUCCUGUACAAAUAAUGCAUGCACUGGAUCCGUCUAUGACAAAAGAAAUUCAUUCCGAAAUCAACGAAUAUUAUUUUUUUCACGGUACAAAGGCCGUGAAUGUUGAUGUCAUUUGCGGUCAAGGAUUGGAUAGCCGCCUGGCAGCCUCCGGAAGACUAGGACCAGGAAUUUACGGUGCUGAAGUUGCCUCCAAGUCACAUAAAUAUGCAGAAUGUAACAGUCGGAACUACUUUCCAAUGUUUCUGGUAAGAAUGUGUCUUGGUGAUAUCUAUCUGACCGAUACUGAAGAAAAAUAUGUGAGACCACCUUGUAAAAAAUGUAACAAUUCUGUGUGCACUGUUCAUCAAGAAAUUCAUGACAGUGUAGUUGCCAAUGGUGGAGACUUUGUAGACUGCGAGUUUGUGGUUUAUGAUAGACACCAAUCCUACCCUGAAUAUCUCAUUUGGUACAGUCGUUAAAGAAGCAAUGGACGGAAAUUUCUUAUAAGAAAUAAUAUUUUAAAGAAGUUUAGUAUACUAGUGGUCAUCAGAAUAUAAAGUA